UCCGAUAUCGAUGUUUUAUAAUGUUGACUGUUUCGAAGGCCAUGCAGUAUAUAUUCUUAGUGGCCCGCGCCGUUGCUGUUGACUCAUAUAAGAUCGAGACAAUUAUUUAAUCCAUAGCCAAAGUCUGAGACUGUUUACUUAGAUCAUCAACUUCUAUUUACCGAAAAUGGCCACUGUGACAUCUACCGAAACCCAAAAACUCCCCAUUUCGGUGCAGGCCGAUCCUCAGCCCACUGAGGAGAAGCCCGUUGAGGCGAAGCCUAAAAUCCGAAGGCAAAUUGACGAAGAGAGUGAUAAUCCGGUCCCUGCCACUUACCCCCAUUAUCUGCCUGUCUGGGACCAUGGCGUGAAAUACCCACCCUUCGAACUAUACGAGCACAUCGACAAGGGCAAAGGCGCCGAUCCAAGCUUCAAGGACCUUCUGACUGAAGGCUCUAAGCUCCAGCACCUCACACCCACCACGGGAUCAGAAGUCACUGGGGUCCAACUCAGCAAGCUCAGCGACGCUGGUAAAGAUCAACUUGCCUUACUAGUUGCCCAGCGAAAGGUUGUCGCAUUCCGUAACCAGGACCUUGCCGACUUACCACUUACGGAGCCCGUCGCCCUCGGAAGCCAUUUCGGCCGUCUCCACAUCCAUCCGACCAGCCCAACCCCCGAGGGCCAUCCGGAGCUCCUUAUCGUGCAUCGAAAUGUCAAUACGAGCGAAUUUGAUUUCUUUUUGGCAAAUCGGAAUAGCGGUGUCGGAUGGCACUCCGACGUCUCAUUCGAGAAGCAGCCACCUGCCACCACGUUCUUGUACGCCUUGGAUGUUCCGGGAGUUGGUGGCGACACUGCAUUCGUCAACCAGGUCGAGGCCUACAAUCGAUUGUCACCGGCCUUCAAAGAGCGUCUACAUGGACUUAAGGCUCUUCACUCUGGAAUCGAACAAGUGGAGUUCAGCAGGAAACGUGGGGGAAUAGUGAAACGAGAGGGCGUUACUUCGGAGCAUCCGAUCGUGCGCACUCACCCGGCAACUGGCGAGAAAGCCUUAUUUGUGAAUAAAGGGUUCACUCGAAGAAUCGUCGGAUUUAAAGACGAAGAGAGCGAGGCACUCUUGAACUUCUUGUACGACCACAUUGGCCGGGGCAUUGACUAUCAGGCUCGUGUCAAAUGGGCUCCUGGGACUGUGGUUAUUUGGGAUAACCGCGUCACUUCACACUCUGCUAUUGUCGAUUGGACGACAGGCGAACGACGACAUUUAGCUCGCAUAACCCCCCAAGGAGAAGUCCCAUUUGAAACUCCGUAUGUUCCGGAAUCUAAGUAGAGCUCAAUCCGACAUGAGGCGAGGAGGACUGUCAAGUCCAUGGAACUGCCCUGUCAAAUUCCCGUCGAAAUUAGAGCUCUAGCUCGCAUGAUGUCACUGCAAAGGCCAGGGCUGGGUCGGCCUAAUGGACGAGAGGUCGCAAACGAGGUUCUUGAAAGUGGUGAAACGAUCGCGGAAAUUGUCCAUCUUGAUGAUAUCGCCAAUGAGGUUUAAAUUAUGAGAUCGACAAGGC